AUGUCACGAAAGGAUCAAGAAACCUUAAUCAGAGAGUGGCUCCGAAUUUGCGAUGACGGACUUUGUGGAUCAGAUGGCAAAUGCCGCCCGGCUGACUAUCACCCUUUGCCAACCCGUCUGGUUGAUUUACACAGUGUCAGCGACGGUGAUGUGAAAGGUGAUGUGAAAGUUGUCAAAAAACCUGUGGACAAUCUAACAUCGGACGUCGACUAUGUUGCUCUUUCGCAUUGCUGGGGCGACCUGCCAAUGGAGGAUAGGAGUAAAUGUCAAUUCGAAGGUGGUAAUGAGGAGACAUUUUGCCUGGAAGAUUUGCCGAAAACAUUCAGGGAUGCAAUUGAGUUGACUCGCUCAAUUGGUAAAGAAUAUAUCUGGAUCGACUCGCUUUGCAUCAAUCAAAAGGAUAAAGAAGAUUGGAAACGAGAAUCGGAAACUAUGCAUGAGGUUUUCAAGAACGCUUACUGCACCAUCGCCGCUACUUCCUCGAAAGAUUCACAACAAGGAUUUCUCCGAGAGUCAAUGACCAUACCCGCAGGUCCACUCUCAUCCCGCGAUUUGGACUCAUUCGGUACAUACUUUGAACGCUUCGUGGAGAACGGAAUUUUGAACACCCGGGCAUGGGUCCUGCAGGAACGUGCACUAUCACGACGGAUCAUUCACUUCACGGAGCAACAGCCAUUUUGGGAGUGCGGAGGAGGCAUGACUUGUGCAGCGCUACGAUCAGAGGGCUAUAUGCAAAAGUAG